AUGAAAAGAAAUAUAAGUUUAAGUUUGGAAACUAAUAUCUACCAAGAAGUAAAACGCACUAUCCCCAAUGGACAAGUUAGUCCGCUAGUUAAUAACCUUUUGAAAGAUUACUUAAAGAAGCAAAAGGAACAGGAAUUAAAAGCCGCUUAUCAAGACUUUGCCAAGAAUAAAAAACUGAAAGAGGAAUUAGCGGUUUGGGAUGAAGCAGUAGGUAAGGAGAUUGGGAAAAUCCGUCCUUCGCUAGUAAUUAGUAAUAACGCUCAAAAUGAGUAUGACGACCAAAUAAUUGUGGUGCCCUUAACUUCGGAACCCGAGGAAAUGGUAAAAGAGCGACCUUUUACUGUUUUAAUUGCCAGAAACAAAACAAACGGUUUAGAGAAAGACAGCAAGAUUUUGUUAAAUAGAGUUCAGACUAUCGAUAUAAAACUACGCUUGCGGAACUACAUUGGCUACACUAGCCCCGAAAUAGCAAAACAAGCCCAAACAGCCUUAAAAGUGGUUUUUAAUAUAGAUUAG